AUGAAGCAAGAACGAAUUGAAAAGGAAAAUUGGCUUAAAUAUGCAACAAGACUAAGCCAAUCAGCAUUCGAAGAUGAACGUGGUGGUAUAGGAGGCAAUAUUGGACGUGGACAAGAUAUGAAACCAUGCAACGAUGAUUGGAUAACUUUUUAUUUGGCAAGAAACGAAGGAGAAUUUGAAUAUUCCUUGGCUGAAAUAAUGCCUCCCCGACGUCCAGCACACAUUUAUCCAACAACUCAAUAUCCAGGUAAUUAUAAUUUAUAA